GGUUAUAGACAGAGCCAUGUCCUCUCAGGUUAUAGACAGAGCCAUGUCCUCUCAGGUUAUAGACAGAGCCAUGUUCUCUCAGGUUAUAGACGGAGCCAUAUUCUCUCAGGUUAUAGACGGAGCCGUUGUUUCUGUUUCAGACACCAUUGCCAACAAGCUGCACAUGCAGAAGGUCUCUGACUUCGUGCUGUCUCCUGGAGGACAGCCCAGCAAGGUGUGUGUCUACGUCCCCGGCAGUAAGGGGGCGCCCUCCUUCGUGCGUCUGUACCAGUACCCGGUCCUGGGGGGACCCACGGCCGCGCUCGCCAACAAGAGCUUCUUCAAGGCCGACAGGGUCAGCAUGGUCUGGAACAGGAAAGCGUCAGUCGUCCUGGUAACGGCGAGCACUGAGGUGGAUAAAACCGGCGCGUCUUAUUACGGCGAGCAGACGCUGCAUUACCUCGCCGUCAACGGAGAGACGGCAUUGGUCCAGCUGC